AGCCUCAUCUGAAACCCAAAUGGGCUGUCGAAAAAAUCAGCCCUUGCAGCCGCAUACCUGCCGAUAACUCCUCUUCGCUCCCGUGCCCUCCUCUCUGCUUCGUCCCCACUUAUCCCUUUCCUCUAUCUCUUCUCUUUCUAUUACUCGAGACCCACUUACACAAUGUCCGCAGCUCCAGCGCUCAAGCUCUUUUCCAUGGCAGACAGCUGCCUCGCCACGCUCCCAGUUCACUUCGCCUCCAGUAACUUAUUUCACCGUCGUUCAAAAUCCAUCAGUCGUCUACGCCUCUCCUGCUCGUAUUCUUCCCUUUCAGCUCUACCCCUCUUGCUUUUCCUCAGGAAGGAUAAGAAGCCUUCGGUUGUUCCCCUCGUAGCCAGGACCUCCGGUUGGGUCGGGGAGGAGAGCUCCGAUUGGAAUUCUGGGGAAAGGCUUGAGCCUCCUGAUGCGGAGUUGUCAGAGGGAGAUUUUUUGCCUGAGGGUGACAGCACAGUGGAUGAGGGUUUUGUGGAGGGAGACGGGGAGGGAUCUUAUCCCGAUUUGCUUGAGGAAGCCAAGCUCUUCGUUGGCAAUCUCCCUUACGACGUGGACAGCGAGAAGCUUGCUCAUUUGUUCGAGGGGGCCGGGAUCGUUGAAGUCGCAGAGGUUAUUUAUAAUAGGGACACUGAUCAGAGCCGUGGUUUUGGAUUUGUCACCAUGAGCACGGUUGAAGAAGCUGAGAAAGCUGUGGAGUUGUACCAUCGCUAUGACUGCAAUGGCCGGCUUUUAACUGUAAAUAAAGCUGCUCCAAGAGGGUCCCGACCUGAGAGGAGUCCUCGGGAAUUUGAGCCUUCUUUAAGGGUAUAUGUUGGAAACUUACCAUGGCAAGUUGAUGACACCCGCUUAGAGCAAUUAUUCAGUGAACACGGAAAAGUAUUGAGUGCGAGGGUUGUUUAUGAUAGAGAAACUGGUCGAUCAAGAGGAUUUGGUUUUGUCACAAUGGAGUCCAAGAGUGAGCUGGAUGAUGCAAUUGCUGCUCUUGAUGGACAGAUAUUGGAUGGCCGGACUAUUCGAGUGAAUGUUGCUGAGGAAAGACCUCGGCGUGGGUCUUUUUAAUUCUGGUUAGCAAUGCCAUUCCUGGUUGAGUAGGUUAGUUUGUUGAUAGGAACUGCUACUAUAUGUUUAUCGCGUAGCUCUCAAGAUUGCAUUAUUGUUUUUUUCCUUAUCUUUUGUUUUUUAAGUGAAAGACCUUUCAUUCCGUCGGUGAUUUCCAAUGUGCCUUUAUUUUCUGCCUCAUUGAUCUUAAGUUAUAAUCUCAUAUGGUUCAUGUUUUCAAA